AUGAAUAAUACGCUUAGAGAUCAUGUCCUCGGAGGACGACCCAGUGACCCACUCAGUGCGAGUGGUGUGUUGCACAGAAUCACAUUCGUCGGGACGGUCGAUGACGGCAACUCUGCAGAUCUGAAUGUCAGACUUCUCAGAAGUGAUUUGCUUGACCCCCGGAAGGGCCUGACUCGGAUGGAGCAUUUUAAGCUUCUCAAUAAGCUAGCGGCGGAGUUGGCUCGGCUCACGCAACUUUCCUCCAAUCUUGGAUACCUACAGGAGGCCAUAAGCUACUGCUUGCAAGCCAUUUCCAUCGCAGAUAUUCCAGCACACUGGAAAAGUCUCCCGAUGCGCACCUGGGGCCAUUUGGAGCUGUGGAAAUUUUGCGCUACGGGCCAAGCAGUACAAAUCGAUAACGCAAUUGCGAGGUACUCCCAGGCCCUGCUCGUGACUGCCCAGAGCCCAAAUUUACCAGGUUGUCACGACCGGGCGAUACGGGAGGGAGAAUACCCCACGGCUCAAGACGAAAUAAUCGGAUGGAGGUGGAAAGAGCAAUGCGGAGACACCAAGGCCCUGGACGUGGCCAUCCAGGGAUUUAACGAGGCGACAGGCUUGAAGACAGACCAACAAAGUGACAUCCACAGACCAUCAAUUUUGAUGAACUCAGGUCGUGCGCUUGCGGCUCGCUUCAGAGUGAUGGGCUAUAAGUCUGAUCUCGACAAUGCUAUCGCAGCACUAAGCGCAGCGCAUAAAUCAUACGACAAACACCACCCUCAUUUUCCCUACUGCCUCAGUGCUUUGGCUAGCGCCACCCUUGCACAAUACGAAUUUUCCGGCAAUAUAUGCGACAUUGACGAUGCCGUUUCAAUGCAUCAAGGCGCAGUGGCAAUGCUAGAUCCACUGUCCCAAUCACAUCCCGAGAUGUUGUCCGGCCUUUCAGCUGCAUAUUAUGCCGUCCACCGGUCAAGAGGAACGCUGAGGACCGUGUACCACCUGAAUCGCUCGCUGACAUUGUCUCGUCAAGCACUUGAGCAAGUACCAGCUGCGGACCCACGACGGCUCAUAUUCCUAGGGGAGCUUGCCCACAGGCUCUACUAUCAGUACGAGGAAACCCAGGAGAAUCAUUACUGUGACUCUGCGUUGGCGUACAUCCAACAAGCACGAGCACUCUCUGAGACGCAUCCUCAACUGGCGCCCAUCCUACAAUUAAACGCUCGCAUCUAUGUCCGCAGCGACAAAGUAGACUUGAAGAAAGCAUGCAAAACCCUACAGAAGGCAUCAAAUCUUUCAAGAGCAUGCAUCGGGGAACGGCUCGAGAGUGCCCUACUCUGGGCGGACCAUGCUCGGAAUCUUGUAGAUGCCGACAGAGGGCAUGAUGAGGAUGUUCUUGCGGGUCAUGCUCCAGGCAGCGCCGGAAGCCAUAGCUAUAUCAGUGCCUCGCAUGCAUACGAAACAGCUCUGGACUUGCUGGACGGCUACCUUCAGAUGUACUCGGCGGCAGCAAUACAGACGCAAAUUCUCCUCAUGCGAAAUGACAUCAAGUCUCUUCCGUCACGCGCUGCAUCUCACGCAAUCGAAACCGGAAAUCUUCCUUGCGCCGUGGAGAUUAUGGAGAGGGGGCGUAGAUAUCCUUGGACUAGCUUGGAGUGGAGUGGCACGCCCCUGAGUCAUCUACAAGAAAAGGACCCCGGUUUGGCUCAGGAGUUUCGGGAUGUCAACUCAAGAAUCGAGAGUCUUGCUGUUACCUCAUUAGACGGCAAUGCGCUCACACUUCACGCGCACGUUGCGCCACCAGAUCCAACCGUUGGCAUCUACAAGGACCGAACGAUGGUGCAGAACGAUCUCCUUCUUGAGCGCGAGACCAUACUGGAGAGGAUCAAAUCUAUUCCGGACCUCUCAACCUUCACGACAUGGAAGUCGUUUGAGGUUCUACAUGACGCCGCGAAGGAAGGUCCAGUCAUCAUGACCAACAUCGAUAAAGGCCUCGCCCAUGCUAUCAUAAUCGACAAGAAUGACACAGUACCUCGCCAAGUACCUCUCAGUCAGGCAGGUUCAGACUUCGUCUCGAAAAUCACCUCUGACCUGGAAAAGGCAAGAGAUCAAGGGAGGCAGCAAGAACGUGAUUGCAUACCACUUUCGCUCAAGUCCCAAAAAGGUCGAGACGCGACAGUUGAAAGUUUGCAGUUACUGUGGGAGAGAAUCUGCAAGCCUAUAGUGGAUGAUUUGCACAAGCAUGGGACAAAGGACCACUCCCGAAUUUGGUGGUGCCCAUCGGGUGAACUUGUUGGAAUACCUCUCCAUGCCGCAGGCCCAUACAAAGCUUCCCAGUCCAACCUCCUCGAUAUUUUUGUAUCAUCAUAUACGGAUUCCCUUGGGACCUUAAUAUCUUCCAGGAAUACCUACACACAGAGGUCACAGCGGCUUUCGCUAUUAUGUAUCGGACAGUCACAGGAUCUCAACAGUGUCCAUGAUGAGCUCAAGAGAAUCAGAGCCAUCUUUCCACAUGAUAUCAACAUCGAAGUACUGGAUGGUAAAGAUGCCACACCACAGUCCGUCAUCCGCAGCAUGCCUCAGCAUUCAUGGGUACAUUUUUCAUGCCACGGUUUUCUCAAUGUCAAGAAUCCCUUCGAGACAUAUUUCUACCUCUCAACGCAAAGGUUGGAGAUCCAGGACAUAUUGAAGGAAAAACUGCCGAAUGCGGAGAUGGCAAUGUUGGCGGUAUGUCACGGCGCUGCAGUGGGGCCCGGCUCACCAGACGGAACUAUCAGUUUAGCUACCGCUAUGCAGUUCUCUGGUUUCAAGUCGGUGGUAGGGUCACUCUGGGCUAUGAGCGAUGCAGAUGGACCACAGCUUGCAGAAGGGUUUUACAAAGCCAUGCUCUCCGGAGGGACCGAAAACAUUGAUAUAAGAAAGGCCUCUCGUGCACUUCACGGGGUUGUUAAGCAGAUGAGGGACUCAAAGGGAGAUGGACGUGUCCCUGCUUGGCGCUGGAGCACAUUCAUACACGUCGGUAUAUGA